GAAUUAGUCAGCCGUGAAUUACGACGACACACAAUUUACAAAUGUAAAUCUGGUAAUUGAUAGUCUAAACGACUACUCUAACUGUAAUGGUAUGUUUUUCAUAUUACGGUUCUGCUUGAGAGUCUCCAUAAGACAUUACAUGACGUCUAAACCAGGGACAGUAACGUACUCCCAAAGUUAACUACAGACGAAGAAGAAAACCGGAAGUGUAACUGUUCCUCCAGUUGGCCAUAGCUAUAGCUACGUUGCUGUCAUCGUAUUUUUGGUUGGAGGUUUGUCAACAUAAACUACAACCUUAUUUCGUGUCUGACAACGAACAUACAGUUUUUACUGGGGUCUCCGAAGAGAUGAACAACACCGGGAAUAAGAGAGCUCCAACUACAGCCACUCAGCGACUUAAGCAGGAUUAUCUCAGGAUAAAGAAAGACCCGGUGCCUUAUAUCUGCGCUGAGCCUCUCCCCUCCAACAUCCUAGAAUGGCACUAUGUCGUAAGAGGUCCUGAGAAAACUCCAUAUGAAGGAGGAUAUUAUCAUGGAAAACUUAUAUUUCCCCGAGAGUUUCCUUUUAAACCACCCAGUAUCUAUAUGAUAACACCAAAUGGGAGAUUCAAGUGCAACACGAGGUUGUGUUUAUCCAUCACAGACUUCCAUCCCGACACAUGGAACCCUGCGUGGUCUGUCUCCACUAUCCUGACAGGUUUGCUUAGCUUCAUGGUGGAAAAAGGACCAACCCUUGGAAGCAUAGAGACCUCAGACUACACAAAAAGACAGCUCUCAGCCCAAAGUUUGGCUUUCAACCUUAAAGACAAAGUCUUCUGUGAGCUGUUUCCUGAUGUAGUUGAUGAGAUUAAGCAGAAGCAGAAGGUCCAAGAGGAGCUAAGCGCCCGCACUCAGCCUCUGCCCUUACCUGACGUGGUUCCUGACGGCGACCCUCAGCAAGUUCACUACGGCCUCCCUGCCCUCAAUGGUGGGGCAGCCCCAGUGGGGGGUGCAAACGCCGCCCCUGGCCUGCAGCAGGCCAACCGUAACCAUGGACUCCUGGGUGGUGCUCUCGCCAACCUGUUUGUGAUUGUAGGCUUUGCAGCAUUUGCCUACACAGUCAAGUACGUCCUGAGGAGCAUAGCUCAGGACCCUGAGUCCAACCCCUCCGCUACCACCACAAGCACCACUACCACCAAGGACUUUGGAAGACAGAGCCUCCAAGCCCACCCACCCAGGAAAGACUGCAAGCAGGAGGUUGAGAGGUUGUUUACCCCGGGGCAGCUCUUCCUUGGAAAAGCAGCACACGUCAUAAAGGAGUGCUAUAAAGGACACUUUCCUGGUCAAGAAGCCCCGUGCUCUGUAACCUCUGACCGCACCAUGCCCUUAAGAGAAGACCUCCGGUGUGUUGUGUGCUGUGAGGAGUACUCGUGCGUUGUGCGGGUGCCGCGGGUUCUCCACUGCAAGCACACUUUUUGCGCCCAGUGCCUGCAGCGGAUGACCAUUCCUGAGGGCAGCAUCAACACCGUCACCUGCCCUCUGUGCCGCUGGAUCACCUGCACCGAGGCCACCCUGACCGUGCCCAGCGCCCUGUGGGUCAACACCGAGAUAUGGGACCAGAUUGCAGUCAACCGGAAGCAGAGGAAGGACGAUUCGGUGGGAGAUUCGAAGGACAAAAACAAACAGCUUGGAUCAAAUCUUAGCCCGACUUCCAUGAAGUCUAGUGUCCAGUCUGCCGUCCGGUCUGUGUUCAGCCGCAUUCGGCUGCAUAAGCGGCACACGUCCAGCGACUGACAGCAGAGCCACGGCCGGCUGCUCUCACCUUUCUCGUCACGCUGCAAGAGAUGGUUGUAUAAAAGACUUUCUAACGCUCAACUACAUGAGGGGCAUCAUCAUCAGUUCAGUGGAAACGCUGAAAGCACCAAUUUCACACAGCAGCUGCCCGGACGGCUCUGUGUGAAGUUCCCUGUAUUGCAAAGUAGUUGGAAAUGAAGAAAAUGUUUGUUUUUUAACUUACAAACUUUACUGUGAACUGAAAGAUGUUUAUGUAUAUAUAUAUAUAUAUCUAUUAUAAAUGUUUUGUUGUUUUUACUCUAUGAAUAUUAGAUGUAAAUGAUCCAGGUAUCCUGACAUCAUCCAUGAAGACUUUAAAGACACAGACUGUUCUUUUGUUUGUGUUUUUUCUAUGUGAAUUCCACUUUAACAUCUAUGUACUGACUGUUUGGGACAUGGGGGGUUAUGGAAGGAUCCAAAUCUUCAAGUGUUUGCAAUAUUCUAAAACGCUGUUAAAAAGUUUCUUUUGAAAACAAUAAAAAAAUUUAAUAAA